AGCCAUGGGGGUGUCCGCUUCCGAAGACUCCGAGCAGAGCCAGGACCCUACCAUCUAUUACGACCUGCUCGUGUCGCUGGACGAAGUCUACAACGGUUGCACCAAGAAAAUGAAGAUCACCAGGUCGGCGAUGGGGCCGGACGGUCGCACGCCGAAGCUUGAGACCAAGACGUUCGAGAUCAAGGUGAAGCCCGGAUGGAAGGCAGGCACCAAGGUCAGGUUUCACGGCGAGGGCGACCGAGUCCCCAACGCCGCCCCGGCCGACGUGGUGUUCGUCAUCCGCGACAAGCCGCACCCGCACUUCAAGAGGGAGGGGACCGACGUCCGAUACGUCGCCAAGAUAACCUUCAAGGAGGCUGUUCGCGGCACGACGCUGGAAGUACCCACGCUCACUCACGGCACGAUAUCGGUGCCGUUGACCGACAUCGUCAAGCCCACCACCGUCAAGCGCAUCCCGGGACAGGGCCUUCCCUACCCCGGCGACCGCUUGAGGCGAGGCGACCUCCUUCUCGGUUUCGACAUCCAGUAUCCUUGUCGGAUGACGGACACGUCGCUGCAAAUACUCUGGGACACGCUGGAUCCGCUCAUCUGAAUAAUGCCGGCGUCUCACGGUGCGCUGCUGAUCGCGAUAAGCUCGGUCGCCAUCAUGUACUAUCUCAGCCAUGAACG